AUGAAUAUCUCGUCCUUCCGCCCGGUCUUCAGACCAUUCGGCGCUGCUGCCUCGAUCCUCCGCACACCCGCCACACAAUGCGCGGCGACAAGAACACCCGCAUCGACAUCGCCCUUCUCAUCCACAGCACGCCUGGAGAAACGGGCCAAGGGGCCAGGCAAAGACCCCAGGAUCACAAACAUCCGCUACCACCUUUCUCACCCGCUCACACCGCGCCCGCUCCACUUCUCGCGCAACCGCUACCUGCGUCACUGGACAAUCCACCGCGCCUGGAUGCUGUUCCUGCGCCGGCGCCGCUGGGCCGAGGAGCGCGAGCUCGAGCGCCAGUACAUGUCGAUGCGCGCUGCGUGCGAGCACCUGCGACUGAUGGACUCGAACGGCAACCAGGUCAGCGAAGAGGAGGCUGGUGGUCAGGGACCUGAUGCUGGACGGCUGGGUGUGAGGGGCCGUGAGGUUGGAAGGCUGUACAGGAGUGCGAUGAUCAAGAGGGGGAUUUGGGGGAGUGUGCCGAUCGAGUACGCGAGGGUGCAGACGGAUUAUCCGAGUCGACAGGGCUGGAACCAUGAGUGGACGCGGAACUAG